CUUACCUGUGCGCCAAGACUCUGACAGCCUUUCGCCUCACCUGAACCGUCUGCGAUGGAGACGAGCAGAUGAAAUAUGAUGAGGAUUUUACUUUUCUGCGCGUAUUUUUCCAACAAGGGCAAAAACAGCGGAGCGGAGCCGAGACAGAGUUUGCUUCAGAAAGAAAAGCGCAGCUCCUCUGAAGGACAAACAGGUUUUUAAUGCGUCACCAUCCUGCCAUGUGGUAAUCUUCUCAGUGCAGCCCAAAAGACACUGAACAACACUCUGAGCAGGUGACCUCAUCCACAGAUUUGCACCUGCACGAGCUGCUCACAUGGCCCACCCGUACGAGCCCUGGUUACGGACAGCACCACCUGGUGGCAGCUCAGAAGACAUGAACAUCCCUUCCUGGUGGGACCUUCACAGAGACGUGCAAGCAGGCAGCUGGAUAGACCUGCAGACGGGUCCAGGUGUCGGCCUGCCCUCAGUCAGUCCGGGGAGCUCCAUGGGUUUGCAGCCUUCCUUGGGGCCCUAUGGCUCUGACCCACAGCUGUGCACCCUGCCCCCAGCUCAGCAUGCUCCACCCUCGCAACCGUCCCACCUCUUCCCCCAGGACGGCUUCAAGAUGGAGCCACUGGCACCUGAAAUGCUGCAGCAAGAAACCUUCUCAAUGGAGGAACCUCAGGAGACGUCUGUGUCAGCUCGCCCCAAGCCCCAGCGGCGCUCGUCUUCCAGAGGCGGCAGCCAGGCUGUGUGCCGCUGCCCCAACUGCGUCCACGCUGAACAGAUGGGCCAGAGCACUGACGACAGCAGGAGGAAGCACAUGCACAACUGCCACAUCCCCGGCUGCGGCAAAGCCUACGCCAAGACCUCCCACCUGAAGGCUCACCUGCGGUGGCACAGCGGAGACCGGCCCUUCGUCUGCAACUGGCUGUUCUGCGGCAAGAGGUUCACACGCUCUGAUGAACUGCAGCGACACCUGCAAACACACACCGGCGCCAAGAAGUUCAGCUGCGCGUUGUGCCCCAGAGUGUUCAUGCGUAAUGACCACCUGGCCAAGCACAUGCGCACGCACGAGUCCCCCCCAGGCCAAGGGGAGGAGAGGGUAAACGGAGACGGGAGGGGGGAUAAGAGCUUCGACGCACCUACACCCCCACAGUCGUCCGCAAAUGUGUCUGACAGCGCAGAUCCUCCGCUGAAGAUGAAGUGUGAGACCGACCCCUCCGUCUCCAGUGUGACGGGGCAGUCAGGCUAACUGCGCCGCUGUCAGUCAAAGGUUCACAUCUCUGUCACAGAGGUGUCAGAGUCUCACCAUAGAUUAGAGAGUAGAAGGAAGGUGCAAACACUCUUGUACUGAUGAAAACUGAAUGGAACAAAAAAAUAAAUGUGUGUGGCCCUGUGAAUUCAUCACAUAAAUGUGAUAACCGUGAUGUUACAGCACGCAGAAAAGCAGGAAUUAUACUGAACCUGUGUGCAAACCUUUCCUACUAAAGGUGGAGAAGGAGGCGACGGAGCUGAAGCUGCAGCUUGUUGCUGGACUUCAGCUGCUGCUAGAGCUGCAGCCACCAGCAGAGACGGGCACGAGCUCAUCAGAAGGUGGUUCGUUAGCUUGUUUACAAUCAGAUCAAAUGUGCAACUGGAAGAGAAGAACACCGAGUUUAGCAGUUUCAAGGAAAGCAGAUGAUGAUAUUGAUAUUUUCCUUAUGAUUAAGACUGUUACUGUGUGUGUGUGUGUGUGUGUGUGUGUGUGUGUGUGUGUGUGUGUGUGUGUGUGUGUGUGUGUGUGUGUGUUUAUGUGCGUGUUUGUGUGUGUGUUUGUGUAGCCUGCUGUACUGGAAGAUGAUGUAGGUUAACAGCCAUUUGGAUGGGUGAAAGUACAGAAGAGUGUGACUAUAAUCAAAAUGGUCCAUAAACCAAAGAAAAUACAACUUUAAUGUUGUACUAUGGCAGAAUUAGCUUGAUGAUUAUAUAAUAUAAAAUAAAAUGCUAUAAUAUAGAAAAUUAUGCACUAUAAUGGCUAGUAUUUACCAAAAAUUGUGUGUUUCUGUCACUGCUGGAGUGGCACUUAUUAAACACACAGUAGGAGAAUGUGAACAGGUGUUCAGGUGGGAGGUCAACGAAGCAAAAAACUACGACAGUGAUGUGAAAGCUCAUACAGACAGAGAGUGAUGGAGGGACGGGAAAUGGCCGGUUUCUGUUAGGACACGCCGGUGACGGCGGUCGCAGGUCGGCCCGGUGAGCACGGCAGGCUGCCGCUGAAGCCUCCUGCACAGAGAAAUGCUCCUUCUGCUACAUCUGCCAUUUAGAGUCAAGGGUAGAGUUACCACUCAUCCCUUUUUAUGAAUUGUGGCUUAAACACAACCAAACGAGGCUCUAACAUUUCACGGGUCACUGACGAUGCUGAGACGUUGAUCCGCAGCCCCGUGCAGUCCCGACAUUUAAAGCUGCAUUUAAAUGUAGGCUCCGUAACAACGGUGGCUCAAACGUGUAAUGUGAAAGACGUCACCUGCAGAGAUGAGUCACCGCUCAUUCAUCUCAUCUGGACUCUAUGUUUCAGCAUCUUUUAGCUCAUUGUUUCGGUUUACCUGCCCUCAGCUUUGCUGUUGUUUCAGCUUCACCCAUGAAUCAUCCACCAGCACUAAAGACCAGACAGAACAAGCAGAUAGCUGGAAACACUUUAGUAAGGACAAUGAAACUUGAUAUUUUCCUAAUAAUUUGUCAGUCCCUAAAAGGGAGCGAAAAUUAAAUGCACCAUCUACACACACUACACCUACAGGAGCUGCCCAGCCUUGGAAGCUCCUGGCACACAGUUUUUGUGCUGACAUUAAUGCCUGAGGAGGUUUGCAGCUCUGCAGUUACUGACUCGUUCUUUCACAGAUGUUUGCAAAGGGACUGAAAACACCUGAAUUCAAAGACCAAGAUGUGUGAUCCAAUACUAUUACAAAUAUAGUGUAUAAAUUUAAAAGUACUGGAAUGAGUGCAACUGGACAGACUCAAAUACAGGUUAUAAAAAUGUCAGCAUUUACAGCUUUUUAUUUAUUUUUUUAGUGCUAUAGUCAGUGUAAAGGUGGACACAGCCAGCGUGAGCGUUUUUUGGAGCCAGAGGUACUCAGCUCACCUGUCCAUCAGUGCAGCCACACCCAUAACUUAAUUAAUCAGGUGGACGAGUUAUAAAAUAAAAUUCAGAGUUGUUAGAAGCCUUUUUGCAGCCAUUUCCAUGCUGGCUUUAUUUUCCAGCUCUGGAGGCUGGAGAUCCUGGUUUAUCACACAGAGAUUCCGCCUUGAUGGAUAUCAGGUGACCCCUGUUUAUGACGCAUUUGCUUGUUUACACUGAACCACAGCGAGUCAGCGUAAUCGGCAUCAGUGUGGUUAAACACAGCCCGGCCUAAUCAGAGGGGCGUGACGUCUUACGGUGUGUGUCCGCAGCCAGUUUUUGGAAGGGCUGGUGCCACUUUCCAGCAUGUGAUGAGGGUGCUGUCAGGCAGUGUUACAGCAGAUGGUUGGUAGGUGCUCACCUUUCCAUUAAACCUGAUACAAACACACACUCUCGCAGGCUUUCUCUUCCAAACUGGACCAACAAGGUUGCUUAUUUGAGAACACAUCUGUCCUUGUUUUAUACUGACAACAACCAGUUUUAAAAUGUUCCACACCUCAGCUUUAUACAGCUGAGGAGCAGCCAGUGCAGCAGCGCUUCGAAUGCUGCCGGCCCUGUUACAUCCCACUGAGAGCUGCUGAGGCACGAGCACCAUUCGACUCCUUUUCUGGAGCGUCAGCGUGCAGAAGAAGGAGACCAGAGCUUACUGUAGGAUGCUUGUUUUGGGUAGUUAACUUUCAUAAUCAAUAUUGUAUGAUUGAUAGUUGUGUAGCAAGCAGUGCGAGCAGCUUUACAGUGUAAAACACUUUUAGGGUGUAUGUAAACCGUCACAGACGUUAGGCAGAUUUUUAUAUAUUAGAGAGCUUGAAUUAUGGGAGGCUCACAGUUGCUGUGUUAUAGAAAAUAACAAAUGGAAGAGAGAGCUUAAACAUUAGUCAAUUAUUGUGUAUUGACUAUUAUUAUUAUUAUUAAUAAUAGAAAUAAUUUCUGAGUUCUUAUACAUAGGCUUAUAAUAUUUCCUUUUAUGGACAACUUUUUGAAUUGGUUGCUGUAGUAAAUGUAAUAGUUGUGGAGAGUGUAAUAAAAUAAGUUCAAAAACUUUUUAUAAGUUAAAUAUC